CGACGAGAACACAACCAUCACAACCACCAUCACCGUCAUACGACCAGCGAUUCCGUACUGCAUUCCACGGCACGAACAACACGAUGAACAACGCCCAGUUUCGGAAGCUGCUCGAGACCCCUCGAUCGGAGCGACCUGCGAGCUCCAAUUCCACCAACGGGCCGCCAUCCGCGACGCCCGCUUUGGGCUCCAGAAUGCGAUCCUCGAUACCCAUGACGCCGCGCUCUUUGACAGCCGGCAACAACGACUUUGCGCGUCAACUCGCCGCACAUCGGGCCGCACAGCAGCCGGCCAAGAAGUUCAGGUCGUCGGCGGCUCCGAAGGGCACCCAGUUCGGCGAAGGCUACACGGACCGCGCAAAGAUGCUGCGGGAAAGCGAUGAGAUCGAGGACGAGCGCGUGCAACGACUGGAAGCCCUAGCACAGCUGGCGAAGGACGGACAUAUCGACCACGAAGAGUAUGUGCGGCAGACGAAGCUGCUCGGUGGCGACGUCAGUAGCACACAUCUGGUCAAGGGUCUCGACUUUGCGCUGCUGGAGCGAGUCAAGCGCGGCGAGAAUGUCAUGGACAAAGACACACCAACGCAAGAGGAGGCGGAAGAGGAGGAAGAAGACCUGGAGGAGAAACUGGAUAAAGUUCUCGGACAAGAGGUGGCUACAAUCGAGCGGAAGAAGGAGAAGAAGCAAGGACAGAUGGCGCCGCCGCCGAAACCAAAGACACGUGCGGCAAUCUUGGCGGAGUUGAAGAGGAGUCGGCAAGCCGCGAAAGAGGCAGCGCAACCGAGCUUAGGAGACAAGUUCAAGAAGAUUGGAGAGCCGAAGGGAAAGGAGAGGAUAGAACAAACGGAAGGCGGUGCCAAGGUGAAGCUUGUGGUUGGGGCAGACGGCAAAGUGAAGCGGAAAGUCAAGCGGAGCGACAAGGAGCGGAAACAAAAAGCAGAGUUGUCUCCUCCACCGGAACGCAGGGUGAUGGGGAUGAUUCCGCCGCCACAAAAACAACAACCUGAAGAAGAAGAGGACGAUGAUAUUUUUGCCGACGCUGGAGACUAUGACCCACUGGCCGGCCUCGGAGACGAAGACGAAGAUACCGACACCGACGACAACACCGAGGCGUCGAAACGACACAAGAAAGAAGAGGCCACACACGAGGCACCACCGAGCGCACCGAAAGAAAACAUGGCACCACCGAGCACACCGAAAGAAAGCAUAGCACCACCGCCCCCAUCGCAACCGACAAUCAACUAUUUCAACGAAUCCCCGGCAGAGACUGACUCGGACACAUACAAACCACCCACAUCCGCCAGCGACCUCCUCAACUCCAACCCCGAGCUUGCCGCAGCUCUCGCAAAAGCAUCCAAACUGGCAGCGGUCCCCACAAAAGAGGAGAGCGAGAGGGAGAAGCGACGCAAAGCAUUCGUCGAUGCACACGAGCGUGAUUCGUAUGACAUCGACAUGGGCUUUGGCGGAAGCAGAAACUUUGCGGACGACGACGAAGAAGACGACGUCGUGGACAAGAAGGGUGGUGGCGUAAAGCGGAAACGUGGAGGCGGAAAGAAGAAGAAGGGCGAUAAGAACAGUGCCGAUGUUGUGGGCAAGAUUGUCGAGGAGAAGUAUGGAAAGGGGAAGUAGAUGGCUGCUCGCCGUGCUGUUGGUUUUCUUUUGGCGUUCACUGGUCCCGUAGCUGUGGGGUAUGUAGAAUAAUCGUAAAAGCGAUAGAGAUGGAGUCUCUGCUCAAUGCUCCUUUGCAUUCUGUGGGAGCUGAACAACCUGCCAUGAAGAAAAGCUUGGGCAUCACCACGUUGGUA